ACUUGAUACAGAGUAACAGUAAAUCAGACAGAGCAGCUCCUACAGCACCAGCAGUGAAAUUGUAACCCUGUUGCAAGUAUUUUUGGCCGCUGAUAGGACCGAGUGAGAUCACUGCGGUCUCUUUUCUCGGAUAGACUCAAGAGUUGUUCGGCAAGAGCAACGCAGGGACCGUUUUCAGUCUCAUUUCUGCUAUAUCUCAAUAUUAUAUCACACUGGAAAUGUCCGAAAACAAGCCGAAUGAUGAACCGAAGUUAUCUACGACGGACAGGGUGGUGAAAUCUGUCCCGUUCCCCCCUAGUCACCGGCUGACGGCUAAAGAGGUGUUUGACAGCGAUGGGAAGCCCAAAGUGGACGUGCUGAAAGCUCACCUAACCAAGGAAGGCCGUGUGGAGGAGUCGGUGGCUCUGAGGCUCAUAGGAGAGGGCGCCGCAAUCUUGCGUGCAGAGAAGAACCUCCUGGACAUCGAGGCCCCUGUGACAGUGUGCGGAGACAUCCAUGGGCAGUUCUUUGACCUGAUGAAGCUGUUUGAAGUCGGAGGAUCACCAGCAUCCACGCGCUACCUUUUCCUGGGGGACUACGUUGACAGAGGGUAUUUCAGUAUUGAAUGUGUGCUGUACUUGUGGGCCUUAAAGAUCCUUUACCCCAAAACACUGUUUUUGCUGCGUGGGAAUCAUGAAUGUAGACAUUUAACAGAGUAUUUCACAUUUAAGCAGGAAUGUAGAAUUAAGUAUUCAGAGAGGGUGUAUGACGCAUGUAUGGACGCCUUCGACUGCCUUCCCCUGGCUGCACUUAUGAACCAGCAGUUCCUGUGUGUACACGGAGGACUGUCUCCAGAAAUCACAAAUCUUGACGACAUCAGGAAACUAGACAGAUUCAAAGAGCCCCCAGCGUACGGACCAAUGUGCGACCUGCUGUGGUCCGACCCCCUGGAGGACUUUGGGAACGAGAAAAGCCAAGAGCAUUUCACACACAACACAGUGCGAGGCUGUUCCUACUUCUACAGCUACCCUGCAGUCUGUGACUUUCUACAACACAAUAACUUAUUAUCUAUCAUCCGGGCCCAUGAAGCGCAGGAUGCUGGAUAUCGCAUGUACAGAAAGAGUCAGACCACUGGCUUUCCAUCCCUUAUCACCAUCUUCUCUGCACCCAACUACCUAGAUGUCUACAACAACAAAGCGGCAGUGCUGAAGUACGAGAACAAUGUGAUGAACAUCCGACAGUUCAACUGCUCGCCUCACCCUUACUGGCUGCCCAACUUCAUGGACGUCUUCACCUGGUCCCUGCCCUUUGUCGGGGAGAAGGUAACUGAGAUGCUAGUGAACGUAUUGAGCAUCUGCUCCAAUGAUGAGCUGACGACUGACGAGGAGCUUGACGGACAGCUAAUAUAUCCCCCCAAAAAAGGUGCCACAGCUUCUGCUCGUAAAGAGGUCAUCCGCAACAAGAUCCGUGCCAUUGGGAAGAUGGCCAGGGUAUUUUCCGUGCUCAGAGAGGAGAGCGAGAGCGUGCUGACACUGAAGGGACUGACCCCAACAGGCAUGCUACCAAGCGGAGUGCUGUCCGGUGGCAAAGAAAAGCUGCAGAAUGCCAUCAAAGGCUUCUCGCCCCAGCACAAGAUCACCAGCUUCGAGGAGGCGAAGGGGCUGGAUCGCAUCAACGAGAGGAUGCCGCCGCGGCGAGACGCCUUGCCCUCGGACGCCAGCCUCAACUCCCUCAACAAGGCCCUGUCCUCAGAGACCAACGGCACAGACGCCAAAGGAAGCACCAGCAGUGGCAGCAACAUCCAGUGAAGGUCAGCAGCAGGCGCCACCUUGGCCGACGGGGCUGCCCUGCCCCCAGCCUCAUCACGGCCCGCCACCGCAGAAAACGGGCAAAGGGUGAAAGAGUGGAGAGGAGGGGGAGUGUUGGAGAGUGGAGAGUGGAGGGGGGAGGCAUCUAUGGCUCACACUGGGGGGACAUCUCACUUUCUAGUCUUUGGAUAUGCCUUCAAAAUAUUAGUUCAUAGUCAAAUCUGCUAAGUUAUUGCCGGGUCACAUUUCUGAAUGGUCAGGCCUUUAUCGCGCUUGACUCCCCACCACACCGCAGUAUGUCAGAGAGAAAGAGAGCGAUAGAGAGAUCUUAAAGGUGAUUUAUUUUUUCUUUUAUUUCUUGAAAGACCCUUGCUCAUUUACACCGAAACGGAAAGUCGUGUAACUUCUUACUAACUAUUGUACGUUUACAAAAAUACAGCACUAAAAAGGACAGAACAUGAGAUAAUGUUUUUAACGUAUAAGGGUGUACAAACUAAAUAAGGACUAUUUAUUGAUAACUUUUUGUUUUGCUACUCUUAUAAAAUAGCUCUGAAAUUAAUUAGGCAGUCUUAAAAAGAAUGUUGCAAUGUUGUCGAAAUGCCAAAUAAUGGAACGUUUUAUGGUUUUGUACAUAUUAUGCUUACCUCAGGUUCUUUUGGUGUGUGCUUUGACCUGAUUUUUCUGUAUAAUGGCUAAAUAACUCGGUAAUGAAUACCUAUUUUCUUGAGUUUCAUAACUGGAAUUUACAUUUACCUAUCUAUCAUUUGCAAAUAUGUUUAUUUUUUGUCUCUUUUGGAAGGGGUGGGGGGGUAGAUUUAUCGUGGCUUGCUGGAAUUGAGUGUUAAUUUUUUCUCUUUUUAAGUAUUGCGAACAAAGUAAAAAUAGAGAAACCUAUAUUGUGUAAAAAAAAAAAAAAAAAAAAGAAUACAAUAAA